AGUAUAGUAUGUCGAAAAAAGUAAAACAAAAUGAUAAAAAAAAAAGUCAUAAAGAAAAGUCAGCGUAUAUCGAAAGAAGUGAUGAAAACAAAAGUCAUAUAUUAUGUCAAAAAGUGCUUAUUUAGUCUCGCGAGAUCUGGCAACAGUUUGUGUUCAGCAGCUGACCUGAGAGGUUGUAAAGGUCUGGUGAGCUUCCAGCCAGUGGCAGUCUGACGUCACACCAACACAACACUCUCCACCCAGCAUCAGCCAGCUAGCGGCUAACCCUUUAUAACGUUACUGGACUUCGAGCUUUCUGACCGACCUGAGAGUCUGUGGGCGGAUCUCUGGCAGCAGAAUGUGGGGCAUUUGCAGCAGAACUAUGGUAAAGGUGGGGAUGGCGAAACCCUGUGCCGUAAUGAAACCCUGUCACUUGGUGAAGCCUGUAUCGGUGACUCGGGUCACCGGCAGAUACCUGACCCAUCAGAAGGGACUGCCCAGUCUUCCUGUCCCCCCUCUGCAGCAGACCUGUGAGCGCUACAUGAGUGCCCUGGAGCCCAUCGUGGAAGUGGAUGAGCUGAAGCACACUAAAGAGCUGGUGGAUGACUUUCAGAAAGCAGGAGGGGUUGGAGAGAGACUUCAGAGAGGCCUGGAGAAGAGAGCACAGAACGCUGUGAACUGGCUGUCAGACUGGUGGGUGCAGGUUGCUUAUCUUGAUUACCGGUUGCCUGUGGUGGUUCAUUCAAGUCCUGGGUUGGUCUUGCCUCGCAUGGACUUCAGUGACAAGCAGGGACAAAUAAGGUUUGCUGCCAAACUGAUAGCGGGUGUUUUGGACUUUAAGAUAAUGAUUGACAAUGAGACGCUACCAGUUGAAUAUCUGGGAGGGAAGUCCCUGUGUAUGAAUCAGUACUAUGAAGUGCUGUCGUCCUGCCGUAUCCCCGGUCUGAAGAGAGACGCAAUAGUGAACCACGCCAAGAGCUCCCCUAAACACAUUACUGUAGUCCACAACUUUCAGUUUUUUGUGUUGGAGGUGUACAACAGUGAUGGGACUCCGUUGACAGCUGAUCAGCUCUGUGUUCAGCUGGAGAGGAUCUGUAGCUCCUCACUACAGACCAACACGGAGCCUGUCGGCAUCCUCACCACGCAGCAUCGUGACUCCUGGGGCAAGGCCUACAUCAACCUCUGCAAGGAUAAGACCAACAAAGAAUCAGUGUCGGCUAUCCAAAGGAGCAUCUUCACUUUGUGUUUGGAUGGAGCGAUGCCUCAAGCGUCUGAUGGGACGUACCGCAGCUGUGCUGCCGUCCAGAUGCUGCAUGGAGGAGGAAGCCAGUGGAACAGUGGCAACCGCUGGUUUGACAAGACACUGCAGUUUAUUAUUGGAGAAGACGGGUCAUGUGGUGCGAACUACGAGCACGCCCCAGCUGAGGGCCCACCCAUAGUGGCCUUGAUUGACCAUGUUGUAGAAUACACGAGGAAGUCAGAGAUGACGCAGACUCCCACGGUGCUUUUGCCCAUGCCCCAGAAACUGCAUUUCAACAUGACGCCUGAGAUCAAGAAGGACAUUGAGGAGGCCAAGCACGCCAUGAACAUACUGGCCCAAGACCUGGAUGUGAGGGUCAUAGUGUUUGGCCACUUUGGGAAAAAUGUCCCAAAGGCCCACAAGAUGAGCCCUGAUGCUUUCAUACAGAUGGCGCUACAACUGGCGUACUACAGGAUGUACCAGCGCUGCUGUGCCACAUAUGAAAGUGCCUCCCUGCGUAUGUUCAGACUGGGCCGCACAGAUACAAUCCGAUCAGCCUCGAGUGCCUCAGCUACCUUCGUCAAGGCCUUUGAUGACCCCAGCAAACAGAACACAGAGAAAGUCGAUUUACUGGAGAAAGCUGUAAACGCACACAGGUCGUACACUAACAUGGCAAUCAGUGGCCAGGCCAUAGACAGACACCUCCUGGGCCUUAAGAUGGUGGCUGUUGAGGAAAAACUCUCCAUACCUGAUAUCUACAGUGACGCCGCCUACGCCAAAGCCUUGAACUACAAGCUAUCUACAAGUCAGGUACCGUCCAAGACUGACUGUGUCAUGUGCUUCGGCCCGGUUGCAUCCAACGGGUACGGCGUGUGCUACAAUCCUAUGGACGAUCACAUCAACUUUGCAGUGUCGUCUUUCAACGCUUGUACAGAAACAAAUGCAGCACAUCUGGCCCAGGGUGUGGAAGGCGCACUGAAGGACAUGAGGACAUUGCUGGAACAAACCCCAAGAUCCAAACUGUGAAGGUCCUCCAGACUCUUUACUAACCUCCUCGUAGAUGAAGUGCGGAUGCAACAGGGCUAGUCUUAAUAGUCUGAUUUAAUAGGGAAGACCACUCUUAGUGUGAUUGAGUGACUCUUGGAUGACUGAACCCCACACCUGGUGCUAGACUGCCGGGCUCCAGUUGGUAGUCUGAACCAGUAUUUUUACCAUGUUAUUGUUUGUAGUCAUGCACUUUAAAGUGGAGAUUUAAACAGUCAGCCAAGUUAAGCUGGUUUACUAAAUGGAUUUCCACUCUAAUUAACAAUUAUAUAACAAACAUGAGAAAUAUAAAUUUAAAAAA